AUGGCUUCUCCAUCAUCUGCUACAAGAGCGCAAGAGACAACACCACUGCUAUCAAGGAUAGUAGACACACCUCAUGUUCCGGAACGAAAAAACACAACCAAGCUCAUCUACCUAUAUGUCUUUGGUCUCCUGCUGUUGCUGGUGACCUUUAUCUAUAACAUUCGAAGCACCUUGCCAACGCCCUUGUCUGAUGUACAAGCUCGUGAAUUAAACGACUUUCCCGGUAUUCAUUGCUACAACGAGUACUUGUCUCAUUUCAAUCAACCGCAUUCUGCCAACCAAAAGAAUAACCAAGUGAUCAAGGAUUGGAUCGUCCAGUUGGCACAUGAGUUCAAGAUCGAAGCUACUGCCAAUGGUGUGCCUAUGGAGAUUAUUGAGGAUGAUCCUACUGAUCUUGUAUCCAAGAGAAACAAGUUUAGCACUGACGAGUAUUGGCUGGUCGAAUCAAGAAAUGUCAUUAUCAGACUUACUGGCAAAUCCAACAACACGAGCGAAUCUUUCCUCGUCAACGCCCACUAUGACAGUGUAUCCACCAGCCAUGGUGUUACUGAUAACGGUAUGGGAACAGCAGUUGCCAUCGAACUACUACGCUAUUUUGUACAACACCCACCUCAACAUACCGUCAUUUUCCUGUUCAACAACUUUGAGGAAGGUGGUCUAAUCGGUGCUGAUGCAUUUGUCCAGCAUCCAUGGUUCUCUACCAUCAAGUUGUUUGUCAAUUUGGAGGGAACAGGUGCUGGUGGUCGUGCUUUGUUGUUUAGAAGCAAUACGCUGGCAGCUGUCCAUGGUUUAGCUGCUUCUGGUGCUCGACUCUUGCACGCAUCGCCCCUGGGAAACGACCUGUUGCAAGCAAAGCUGCUCAAGAGUGAUACCGACUACACUACCUUCACCAAGCACGGCGUUCCUGGCCUCGACAUUGCCUUUUACACGCCUCGAUCCCACUACCACACACAGCGUGAUGAUUUGGCUCACACCACCCCUGAAUCCCUUCAACACAUGGGCCAAAUGGCAUUAGGAUCUGUCUUGGCUAUUGAUAACAGCGAUACCAUGUUGGAUCAAGCAGGUGCUCCUGAGCCUGUCAUCUACUACGAUAUUUUGGGUCGUAUCAUGUUGGUCUAUAGCUUCUUUACUUGUCAACUGAUCAACAUGCUGGCCUUGUUUUGCGUGCCUCUCGGUUUGUUCACUUGGUUCUGGUUCUCUACUACGACCAAUAUUGAAGACAAGAAGGCUUUGUUGAAGGGCAAUCUUUUCCUCAUCGGCAAGGGAUUCAUUGCUGCUUUGGCUGCUUUGGUGUUUAUGGUAGUCUUCACUGCCUUUUUUGCUUGGCUCAUGAUUGUGAUCAACCCCUCUGUCACCUAUGGCAGCGUCAACUUGGUGGCGCUUUACUUGACAGUGGCUGCAUUUUUGGGCUUGGUGUCUUCUCAGUGGGCUAUGGUUCGAUGCUCAACGUCGUUUGGAAAUAAUCUGGCCAACAUGCAAGUUGGAUUUUAUGGCCUCACUGGAUUUUGGUGGUUAUUGCUCGUGUUUGCCACGUAUUUGGGAUCUCAAAAGGUAGCUGCUGUCUAUUUUGCAGUCUACUUCUUGAUCAGCAGUACAUUGGCGACGGUGCUCUUGGUAGGCACUCCUCCCAAGGCGAUUGAAGGCGGCAGUGAAGUGGCUGCUGGCGUCAGUCGUUUCUGGUCCAUUGCCUUCUUGAUCCAAGUGUUGAUGCCUGUGAUCUUGAUGACUGAAUUUCUGCUGCUUGGCAUGGACUCCAUGCGUCACACUACAGCAGAUGGCACACCUGAAGGAGCCAUUUACGUCUUGCUUGCUACGCCCAUCAUUUUAAUCCUUCUUCAUCUGCUGCCUUGGGUUCAUGCUGCGGGUGAACUCCAAAAAACAACUGCUUGCGCCGCCGUUGUGUUUGUUGUGCUCUUUAUUGCUUCCUUGAUGGCAUCUCCCUUUGAUGGCAAGUUGUCGCCCAACCGUAUUCUCUUCACUCAAGAGUACAAUGCUACAGAAGCCAUGUCAACAGUCGCCCUCAUCACUGGAUCUUCAUUUGGCGUCUUGCAAAGAACCUUGAAGAGUGUGUUGCCUGCAUCAGAAUACGAGACAAUGGCAUGCGAGAGCUACUUGACGUAUCAGACACGCUGUACAUUCCAAUCAGCAUUGACACCUGUCUACGGCAGACACCCCGAGAAGGAAAUCAAGGUCUUCCACUGGCCAGUCAUCUGUGAUUCCAAAACGUGUAGCCUCAAUAUCACCACCACAGUCGAGAACAGUUUAUUGUGUCAACUGCAGUUCAAUAACCCCAAGGUGGACGGCUUGCAAGCAUGGAUCAACGGUAAUCAUAUUCAGCCAGGACAAAGCGAUACUAUUCAUGCAUUGACUGCCUACUCCAAGAAGCAAGCAAGCACUAUGCAUUGGGAUCUCUCCUAUGAUGCUCACCAAACAGAGGGAUCAGCAGGUGAAGCUCAAUUCAGCUGCAUCUAUGACGACUGGACACAAGGUGAAUUACCUGCCUUCACUACCCUCAGAGACAAUCUACCUUACAACGCCCUGUUGACCAUCCGAGGCGGUGUUGGUCUCGCCAAGGUUCACUAUUCCCCCUCCAUCCCAUUAUAUAGUGAGACGAUCAGCUAG